UUACUCGCGUACUCGCUCCGUUCAGAGAGCUCACUUCAGGUCUGUUCUCUGGUAGUACGUGGAGCAAGUGCCAUCCGGACCAAAAGCAUGUCACAAUAAACAAAACAGAAGCUCGUCUGUGUCAAACAUUCGUGAAGAAAAUUCUUCCUGAUGUUAUUUUGGGCCGAUCAUUUCAAUUAAAAAGAUGUUGAGCCUAUCGCAGUUGCUUUUAAUUCCAGCGUUGCUGUUUUUACGAUUUUUAAUUAGCUUCUCUAUGACUGGUUUUCCAGUUAGAGGAGUUAGUUGGAGUAAAGAUCCAACGCAAUGGCAUCAUACAUUAGCAAGACUGAAAGAAUCUGAUUUGCAUACUGUUGCUGAUACUAUUGACUAUGAAGACUUUAAUAAAACUUUGGAUGCUAUUUUAGUUCCCAGAGUACCUGGUACAGAAGGGCAUGAGCAAGUUCGAAAAUACAUAAUUUCCGAGAUGGAAAAUUUGGAUUGGAUUGUUGAGGAAGAUACUUUCACUGACCGUACACCUCAUGGUAGAAGAUCCUUUUCUAACAUCAUAGCAACAUUGAAUCCUCAUGCAUGUAGACGUCUUGUGCUUGCUUGUCAUUAUGACUCGCUUUAUAACAGAGAAUAUACCUUUAUGGGAGCCACAGAUUCUGCAGUUCCUUGUGCUAUGAUGAUACAUGCUGCUAAAAUGCUGCAACAUGCUCUAAGACAACAUAAAAAGAAGGAUAAUGAAUUGACUUUGCAAUUUAUAUUUUUUGAUGGUGAAGAAGCAUUUCAGCGAUGGAGUAAAACUGAUUCCUUGUACGGUUCUAGACAUUUAGCUGCUAAGUGGAAUAGAAUGAAGCCAUUUCCUGAUGGAUUAAAUGACGGAAGUCACUGUUCAAAGAAGAAGGAAUAUGCAUCCUAUUUGGAUAGAAUGGAAGUUAUGGUUCUCUUAGAUUUGAUUGGAACAGCUAACCCAAAAUUUUAUAGUUAUUUUCCUGACACUUAUGGACUCUAUUCACAAUUUGUUGAAAUUGAAAAGAGGUUGAAUGCCUUGAAAAAAAUUGAUGCUCACCCACCCGAAAGCACCACAAAAUAUUUUGAUAGCAGAUCUACUUUGGCUUUUGUUGAGGAUGAUCACAUUCCUUUCAUGAAAAAAGGUGUUCCCAUCGUGCAUCUCAUCCCCAGUCCCUUUCCGCACGUGUGGCACCGUGAGAGUGACAAUCGGGAAAGUCUGCACCACCCCACAAUAGAUAAUCUGAACAAAAUCCUCCGUGUCUUCAUUGCAGAAUAUCUACACCUCCGGGCAGAGAGCAAUCGAAUCAUAUGACUAAUGUGUGACAUCCUAUCUUGGUAUUCAAUACAGUGCUAACAUUUCAAAUGUUUCGAUUUGUAAAUUGGUAGUUAGUUAAUUGGGUAAUAAGUCUUAAUUUUAUUUAGUAUUCAAAAUAAUGCCAAAUAUUUAUGGGAAAAAAUUAUUUUAUAUUUUCAUAAAAAUUAAGUAAAAUGUGAGCUUUCUUGAAGAAUAUUUUGUACUUAAUAUAAAUACUGUUAUUCAGUGUGCAUUUAAACUUUUUAAAAUAUUGUACAAAACUCUUUUUGAUAUGUUUUAAAUAGUAAAAUUUAGUCUAUUCGAAAUAUCAAUCACAAACUAAGAUGGGAUGAUACUGUGAAUGUUUUUUUUGUUUGUGGAUGUUUUUAAUGUCACUGAUGUAUCAAAAUUUAUUAAAUGAGAGAAAUUUUUUUAACUGAAUGUUUUUUUUUCCCCUUUCCAGAAUGUUAGUAGUUAUAAUUUUUCUUAAUGAUCUCAUUUAACAGGAUUAAUUAAUUUAUACAUUAUUCACAUAGAUGAAUGUAAGUCAUCUUUUGACUUGUGUUUAACUCCUGUAUUGAAUUAUUACAUUUAAUUAUUAUUUUUGGAUAAUUCUUUAAAAUAAAAGAAGGCAUAUGUCAAAAACAGAAAAAUUAAACAUUCUUAGCAUAUUUAUAUUUAGUACAAAUUAUGUACUAUAAAAUGCAAUUUUCUCCUGUGGGAAAGGGAAUAUUCUAUGUGAACUGUUAAUCAUGUAAAUAUUUACUAAAUGUACAAGUUGGUUAAAUAACAGUACUCCAACUUUGAAAGGCUAUAUUUAUAAAAAUAAAAAAAAAGGUCACAACCUUAACUGAUGAAUCACUUUAAAAGUAACACUAUUUUAAGUUAUAAAUUCAUAACUGUUCAGCAUAAGAGACGGUUUUAUAAUUCUAUGAAGUAUUCCUGAAGCUAUUUUUGUUUUGAAUUUCAAAAUGGAAGAAUAAGAGGGGGGGGGGGAUACAUUACUGAACACACACACACAAAUCACAGGGAUUUAGGUCACUAUUUUGAUAUAAACUGUUCUGAGUUGAAGAGUUUUUUUAGUGACUUUUCAAGAAAUAUUCUGCAUAUCAUAGAAAAGAGGAAAUUUUGAAAUUGUUUGAUUCGACAACUCUAAUUGGAUAUAAAGCUAAGUUGCAUAUUAAAAUAUUACAACCUUUCAAAGUUGGAGUAUUAUUCUGUGAUCACCUAGUACCGUAUUCGAAAAACAACCCUUAAAAUCAUAAUUGCCAAAAAGAAAAAUUUUAUCUAAUAAAAAAAAGAUUUGAUUUAUUAUGGAAGCUGAAAGAGAAACUUCAGUUUUGCAGUUCUAAUGUAGGACAUCCAAAAAUGGCUGGUGCAACAUUAAAUACUGCAAAGUGUGCUUUUCUAUUAUUUAAAUAAGUUAAACAUUGAAAAAUUCAAAUUUACAUGUUCUACAGAAUAUUUUAUUACAUUAAUCUAUUUAUUUUUUAACUUGUAUAUAUAAAGCAUUCCAUUUUACAUGCGGAUUUUUUUAUAAUACCAAAUGUAUCCAUGAUAUUCGGUACAAACAUUUAUUUUACAAUUUUUUUAAAGAUACUUAACAAGAAAAAUAUACUUACUGUGAUAAAAAAAAAUUAUUAUACAGGGUUGUAAAUGGUAUUUUAAACUAAAAUUAGUAUAAAAAUGUUUUAAUAAAGCUGUUGCUUUCUGACAUUUAUAUAUUAGUAUUUAAAGAAAAAUUGUCUUUUAUUAAUGUAUCCUCUGUGAUU